AUGAAGUGCCCCCGCAUAGGCCUGAGCAGAAGAGGCAGCAGAAGGAGCAGCAACAGCAGCAGCAGCAGCAGGACCAGCAGCAGGAGGACCAGCAGCAAAAGCAGCAGGAAAAGAAGCAGGGGCAGUGGCAGCAGCUUCAGCAGGAGGGUGCCCAGAAACAGCAGCAGCAGCAACAGCAGAAAUAGCAGGAACAGCAGCGGCGUCAGCAGCAGCAGGAACGGGAAUGGCAGCAGCAGCAGCAACAGAAAUAGCGGAGGAAGCAGCAACAGGAGCCGGACUAGCCGCAGCCGCAGCAGCAGCAGCAGCAGCAGCCAGCUGCCUACUGCGUUUGCUUCUUGGGGGCCUCUCAUCCUACACGGCAGCACAUGGCAAAGAGCAUUUGCUGCAGCACUUGCUGCUGCUUCCAGCGGCAGCAAAGGGCCCCAGCCCCGGGGUCCCUUGGGGGGCCCCCCAGGGGGCCCCCCAGGGGCCCCCAGAGGGCCCCCGCUGGGGGGCCCCUGGGGGACUCCCCAUGGGGGGCCCUUGAGCUGCUGCAGCAAAGAGACAUGGGGUACCAGGGGGGGCCCCGGGGGCCCCGCAAGUGCUGCUGCUGUUUCUCCCAUGAAGACACAUUUGCUGCAGAGCCACUCAGAAGCUGAGGGGGGGAGGGGGGCCCCCUUGGGGGCCCCCAAGCAGCA